AUGAUGAAUUGCCCGGAAGUAAUAACGCUUGAUAAUAGUGAUGAUGACGACAGCAAUGGACACAAUUCAGUAAGCCGACAUGUGGGGGCGACUGCUUCAGUUAUUCGUGCGAAGCCUCUUAGGUUCUCAACACUGCAACCAAGGCGGUCCACAACCAGCAAACUACCGCUACCUACCACAGCUUCCCCUUCAACACAGUUUCACCGAAUUAAUAUUUCGGAAACUCCCGCAACACCAAUGCUGCAAAAAGCCUUCUCAUCACUUUUACAUACUAAGCUACCAGUUUUGGAACUCCAAAACCGGGUCAUAUCGGACACGGAAAAUGAUACCAGUUAUAUAACUUUAUCAUCAUCACGUAGAGAAAAUAACUUGGAUUCGUAUUGCUAUGAAAGUUAUGAUCCAAGAGCACCACCAUUUGAAGCGCAACAGUUUAGUGCCAAAUUCCGAUGUUCCGUUGGAAAUUGCCGAAUGCUGCUUUCCAAUAAUGUAAGUUUCAUGUUCCAUCUGUGGGCACAUUUAACUGAGUUCAGCUACGGCAGUAGUCUUAAUUGCCCUCGAGAAAUGCAUCGAUUCUGCCGUUGUCCACAAUGCCUUCAUUUAUUUCCUACUGCAUAUCGCCUGCAGAUUCAUUAUGAUAAUGUUCACAGUGCAACACCAUCCUCAUCCACAUGUAAAAUAUGUGAAAUCACUGUAGAUGAGAGCAAGCACCGGAAAAUUCAUGGCGAUUUCGAUGCUCCAUUUCAUUGCAGGAAGUGUCGAUAUAGGACAUCGAUGAGAACCCAUUUUAUAGAUCAUUUUGUUCGAUUCCAUUCAAAUACACGCACUUUGCUGUGUCCCUUUUGUCUUAAUUGUUAUGUCAUACCGAGAGACAACACAUCAUCUAUGAUAAGUGAACGCGAAUAUGUUAGACAUUUUUUGCUACAUCAGGAAGAAAAUUAUGGUUGUGAUCAGUGCUCAUUGAAAUUUAUACGGCAUGCUGAUAAAAUCGCUCAUCGGCGGGAGCAUACUCAACCAAACCUGAAAUGGAUCUCAAAAAAUAUCCAAGUACAUACAAGGCGAAAGGGCCGCAAGUUAUGGUCAAAAAAAAAGAAGUGGAAAUGCACAGAAUGUAAUGAAGGACUAAGUAAUGUGUGUGAACAUUUCAAGCGUAUGUAUCACUGUCCUCAUUGCGGCUAUCGUACAAACUGUCACACUGCGUCACAGCGACACAAAUUCAUCAAAUGCACGACGAAACGAGGAGGGAUGACGAGAGCUCAGUUAUUACCAUCACUAAUUGUCUGUAAUCGUUGUAAACGUGCAUCAUGUAUUGAACGAGAUAUUUUGAAUCAUGUGCGUGCUUGUAGUGAAGGACGCUGUGUUGUUGUUAAUCUGAAACAAGAAAAAAGCAAUAUUCUCAGUCAAUAUAAUGAUGAAUUAGAGAUGAAAAUUUUUGCUCUUCGUCCUUAUGAAGAAACUGCAAGACUUGGUAAUGGUGAUGUUGUGUCAGACGUACAUAAUUUUUGUCGUCUACGCGAUCAAAAUUCUUUAUCGCCUUCUCUAGUUAAAGCAAAUAUGGAACUGAACAAUGCUCGUCUGCACAUUUUGAAAAGGAUUUGUCCGAGGCCACGGUUUUCUUUUGCCGAUAUGUUGAAAUGUUCUUGA